GAAGAAGACCGUAUACAAAAGCGUCUUCUUCUCCUUCGCCCUGAUCGUAACCAUGAUGCUCUUGCAGAAGGGCAGUGUUCCCAACCAGCUCUUCCAGAGCCCGCCGGCGAAACCCGCCCUCUCCCAAGAGUCGCUCAAAACCCAGAAGAGGGAUGAAGUGCCGUCUCUUGCCAAUGCUUUCUGGAAAAAGGCGGUUGAGGUUCCCCCGCCCGCCGAAGCCACCGAGAAAGGGGUGACGUCCUGGGACGUGAAGACCACCAACUGCACGGCCAACCUCAACUUCACCAAGGAGGAGUGGUUCCGAAACCUGGAGCCCAACUUCCAACAGUUCCUCUUUUACCGGCACUGCCGCUACUUCCCCAUCCUCAUCAACCACCCGGAGAAAUGCAGUGGCGAGAUCGAGCUCCUGAUCGUGGUGAAGUCGGUCAUCACUCAACACGACCGCCGGGAAGCCAUCCGUAGGACGUGGGGCCAAGAGCGAGUGCUGGAGGGGAAACAAAUCAAGACGCUCUUCCUCCUGGGCAUCGCCUCCAAAGAAGAGGAGAGGGCCAACUACCAGAAGCUGUUGGAGUACGAGGAUCGGAUCUAUGGGGACAUCCUGCAGUGGGACUUCUUGGAUACCUUUUUCAACCUCACCUUGAAGGAAGUCCAUUUCCUGAAGUGGUUCAACAUCUACUGCGACCAGGUCCGGUACAUCUUCAAGGGCGACGAUGACGUCUUCGUGAGUCCCGAGAACAUCUUGGAGUUCCUCAAGGAUCAGAAAGGAGGAGACCUCUUCGUGGGUGACGUGCUGGUCAAGGCGAGGCCCAUUCGCAAAAAGGAAAACAAAUACUACAUCCCCAACUCUUUAUAUGGCAAGACCUACUACCCGUCGUACGCGGGCGGAGGGGGCUUCGUGAUGGACGGGCCCUUGGCGAAGCGUCUCCACAAAGCCUCCGAAAACCGGGAGCUGUACCCCAUCGAUGACGUCUUCAUGGGGAUGUGUCUGGAGGACCUCAAGGUGACCCCCGUGGCUCACACCGGCUUCAAGACGUUUGGCCUCGUGAGGAACAAGAACAGCAAAAUGAACCGCGAGCCCUGUUUCUACAAAAGCAUGUUGGUGGUCCAUAAACUUCAGCCGUCCGACCUGAUCAACAUGUGGGAUUUGGUCCAUAAACAUUUGUCCUGUUCUCAAAAAGCCAACAUCCUUUAGCUCAACCCGAUUUUUUGGCCAAAGAGGAAGAUCGCCGGUGCCCCAAAGAUGCUGGGGAAAAUUAUCUGACUUCUCUCCCCGCUGCCCAGCUUUCUAAUGAAGUCGAAAGAAAGCAAGAUGACAGGGACCGAUCGUGUUGGAGGGGAGGGGUUUGUUGAAAUAAUUGGAAAUGGGGUGUGUGUCUUUUUUUUUUGUUGUUGUUCAUAUUUUAUUUGUUCCCCUGUGGGACUUUUGAAGGAUGUAGAAGAAAAAAAAAACUUGAAAAGAUAUGGAGUCAAUGGCCAGAAAAGGGAAUUGACUAUUCCGGGAGCGAUGAAGGAUGACUACCCCACGUUGGGCAGUCGAGCAAGUCACACCUUCCUUUAUUUGUGCCCCUUUUUUUGGUGGUGUGCUUUACAGCUGGAGGCUGGUCCUAAAGCUAAGACAUUUAUUUCUAGCUGUGUGUGCGUGUUUGUGCGUGUGUGUGUGUGUGUGUGUGUGUGAGAGAGAGAGAGAGAGAG